GCUCAGCUGUUGAGGGGCGGGGCCGCCGCUGACAAUGGCGGGCGAGCUUGAGAGUUGCAAGUCCCUGAGCGGGCUGCUGAACGGCCUGGCCCAGGAAGCUUUCCACGGGAACCCGGGCAUCACCGAGGAGCUCCUGCGGAGCCAGCUCUAUCCGGAGGUGCCACCCGAGGAGUUUCGCCCCUUUCUGGCGAAGAUGAGGGGGAUUCUUAAGUCUAUUGCAUCUGCUGACAUGGAUUUCAACCAGCUGGAGGCCUUCUUGACUGCUCAAACCAAAAAGCAAGGAGGGAUCACAUCUGAUCAAGCUGCUGUCAUUUCUAAAUUCUGGAAGAGCCAUAAGACGAAAAUCCGAGAGAGUCUCAUGAACCAGAGCCGUUGGGACAGCGGGCUUCGGGGCCUGAGCUGGAGAGUUGACAGCAAAUCACAGUCAAGGCACUCAGCUCAAAUACACACCCCUGUUGCGAUAAUGGAGCUGGAAAUAGGGAAGAGUGGACAGGAAUCUGAAUUUCUGUGUUUGGAAUUUGAUGAAGCCACGGUCAACCAAGUCCUGAAGAAGCUCUCAGAGGUAGAAGAAAGUAUCAGCACACUGAUGCAGCCAACCUAACUGAAGAGGGAGUUGCUGAAGCAAAGGCCUUCAUGAUCCCUCACCACUAACCUGUUUUGUUUUUUUUAAUCAUUAUUCACCCAUUAGUAUUAAAUCCUCAAAUUCAACUCUUGCCUACCUCUGCUUGCUGAGAUUUAUUUCUUCCUUUUACACUUACAGUUGUUCUGCUGAAGAGGUUCUUAUACUUCAGCAUGCAGAGGCGUUUGUAAAAGCAUUUUUUUAAAAGAAGGCUUCCAGGACCCUAUCCCCAGACAGUUGGAUUCAGUAGAACUGGGCUGGGGUCAACUCCAGAAACCCUUGCUGUGCUGGUUUGUUCCUGGGCAGGAUUUUAGGAAUCCUGGUUCUGGUUGAUGUUUUAGGAAUCCAGUAUCUGGUUGAUAUUUCCUAAAUCACUGGGUCACAACUUGCAACAAUCUCUAGUAUAACCACUAAAUCCAAGUUAGCCCAAUUCCCAGGCUAGCACAGAGCCAAUCCCAAUCCUCCUUCCAUGAUAAAUUAUA